CACCAAACCCUAGAAGCUAGGGGAGAGUGGAGCCUGGAGGCGCUAGGCCACUGCAAUUUCAUUUGUGGAGAAAACCCUUCGAUCAUUUUGGAAUUCAAGGGAUGGCUAAGGCGGGGCAGGCUCCAGCUCCCUACAUUGCACAGAAAUAUGCAGAAGCGGAGACAGCUGAGAAAGCGUUCUUGUCUGAUGACUAUGACGAGCCCGAGUCGGAUCAGGACCUGGAAGUAGAUCAAGCGGUUCAAGGUCCUGAUCAACUCCCCUCCAUUAGAUACACGCGCAACCAGCUGGCCCCAGUCGGUGAGCUUCUCUCGUCCUCAGAAGAUGAAGACGGCCGAGGGAGCAUCGAUGGCUGCGACCCCGCCUCCCAGCAAGCCUCCGACCCCGUCGAAGCCGCGUCCACCAGCGGAGACGACAUUGACGUGUGGGACAACCUGAAGCAGAUCUUUGCGGACAUGGACGCUCAAGAGGACAACGACGAGAACAAGCUUCUGCUCAAAGAGCCGCUCGCGCGCCUCCGGCGGCUGCUGGCAAUGCACAAUGACAUGGCGGAACGGGAGCGCGCCCUGCGAAGGUGCCACCUAGGGGUGCUCGUGGAGCGGGACUGGUACCUGGGGAAGCUGCGGGAGGUCGAGGACACGGUUGAGUCGACUCCGGCCAAGUCCAGCAGCGAGGCAGCAGACGUCGCUUUCUCGGGAGCCGUGCGUAGCAUCCUAUACCGGGAGAGCUCGGCUUUCCGGCUAGCGGGUUCCAAAGGACGUGGCUGAGAGCUAUCACGCUUCUAGGACGGCACACGCGUCCGGUUCAGACAACCAGGGAAAAGUGCGGAAGCGGCGACUCUUCGACACGCCCUCAGGAGUACCUUUGGGCUGAUAUGUCCCUGUGCCUCAGGCCAUAAGGCGACUUCUCGAGACUUACAGCCGGCCUCUCUCCGUCGACAGACGGACGCACACGGGAUCGUGCGGGCCACAGCACAAGGACUGUCACAAAAGUUCAAUGGCAGGGGCCGUGAGUUGAGACAGAUCAUUGGCUGGUCUUCUCAACCGCCGGUAAGUGCCAAGCGGUUCUUGCAAGCGCUGCUCAGCCGCAAAGAAGCAAUGCAUGGGUGCAGUGCACUGUCCGCGCGGUGCAUGUUCGAGGGUGCCCGAGGAGGUCCGGACCGCCUUUAGAGAAACGCUUCAAGGCGUCACGAUGGGCGAUCGUCCAUAAAUGAAUAUAUCACAGUGUACUGAUUCAAUGCCCGGAUGUAGAACUCUUACGUCAAUCGAUUUUUUUCAUGUUCUCCAC